CAACUCCCAAGAGUGGCAUCACAUGGUCUGAAAUGCUGUGCACAGCAAACGAAGAAGCUAACAAGGUCUGUUGAGGAAAAAAUAGGAACACUUAGAAAAUCGAGGCCGGAAGCGAAAAAAAUCCGAUAUGAACGCUUCUGCGAAGACCGUUUAGUUCGGAAAUCUGAGUAUCGUUUUACCGGAAAAAAGUCUAAACUUUAUUCACGUUAAAAGGAUUUGCGGAGGAAGUUCUUUUCUUUCACGCCCCAAACUGUCUUGAAAAUCAUAUAUGGUGAAAGCUUGUUAAUGACUUCUUACUUCAAGCUAAAGUGAAAUUCAUCUCAUGCAAGAAAGUGACAUUAAUUGAUCGAUGUAGUGUGUCGGUAUAAAAGAGAAAGGUCGCUCUGGCUGGCUAUCAGUAGGUAAGGUUCGGAACGGUCUUCACUCAAGAGCGUACGUAGUUGCGUGGCUUUAAAAGCUCUAAACCACAAGCUGGAAUUCAUCAUCUUUAGCACCUUGCUUCACUUGCACUUCCCGCUGCUCUACCGUUUUGGAUGAAGGGUCGACUUUAAAGUAAUGUUCAAUUUUGAUCCCAAACCAAUGGUCGCGACAGUCCUCUGUGGUAUGAUCAAGCACUCAUGAUGUUGAAACAGAUGGCUAUGGUCUUGAAGAGCAAUUAAGAAUAAUGAGUGCUGCCGUAAGGUUUUAUGAAUAUGCUAUUGCCUAUUUAAGCUACUCGUCACUUAUCUAACCCCUCAGUUUGGUUUUGGGACGACAGCUUUCAACGUAUUCAAUAAACAAGAGAACAGAAAGAAAUAAUUCAGUAAGAGCUGAGAGGUUGGUCGCGUUCAGUUUCCUUUCCACUGUUGGCUUGUUCUUAAGAUGGAAUUGAUUUAAAAUGAACGUGGACGCGGUACUCGUAGUGCAUGUGGUCUUUUUCCUUUCUCAACAGGUUUUCACCGCUCAAAGCACGCAAUGCAAACCAGGGAGUAACGAGCCCUGUGACCUAUACUUUACAUGGCAAGGCUGCUAUAAUAUCUCAGGCAGCCUGGAAUCAACUUACGAACAAGCACUAGGAUACGAAGAACUAUUUCGUGACACACCGCUGAUCAAUGCAAGCUUUGGAGGAUGGCAGUCUCAGAUAUAUGAAUUGGUUUGCCGAUGUGCGACCAAGGCAUUGAAUCUGGAUUACAAGUAUUUUGCUCUUCAGUUUUACUCUGUUUGCUUUGGAGGAAAUGAACCUGUCAAAGCCUCAAACCGAAACGAACGAUCUUGCUUCGAAGUGAAUGCGACUAGCUGCGAGCAGUCCAAUCAAUCACUUUGUUUUCGAGUUGGUAAUAAUAAUGAAAGAGGAAUUGCUGUGUAUAGUAUUGUGUGGAAAAACAGCACUCUUCCUUACGCACAGUGCUCAAACAAUAAGAUCGUGAAUGGAGGGGUUUACGUCAACCGGGAGAAAAGCAUGACUUACAAAACUGGAAAAAUCUAUACAAAAAACAACGAAACAGAAGACAGCAAAGCUGCUCUACGGCGAAUGUUAAAGGAACUGGAUGAUUGUUUUGAUAUCGAUCAAAUACUCAAGAUAAUUAAAGAAAUCAUGAGCGUAUUUGGACGACCGGAAAUUUACGAGAGCUUCGAUGUUUUCAAGCGGCUACAAGAAUCCUUCAUGGGAAGUUUAAGCAGAAUAGUUGGUGAUAACUUCAAAGAUCUUUGGAAGGAAACCCCAAAGAUUCAGUACCUUGUCGAAAUGGUGCAAGAAAUCUCUGUGCUGACUCUGCGCUCACUAUCUCUCACAAAUAAAACAAACUACAGCUUCCAAACACUAAAUAUAGAUAUCGCUGCAAAUAUUUCAAGUGAUGAAGCACUAUCGCUACAUUUCAAUUCCAACACUACAGACUCGUCUAUGAUCUUUGAUAGCAACGUCCAAGGAAUAGCGCCAAGACCUUCCAGUAUUGCUGCGAUACUUUACAAGACUAUUAAUGAUAUAUUCCCAGCGAUAAUGAAUCAGGGUCAAAAACCAAGUUUCAAUACGAACUUGUCAUCGGUAGUAUCACCUGUAGUAUCGAUCGUGUCACUACAAGAUGGGAAACUUAUUAAACAGAUCAAUGGAACAAUACGAUUAAAAAAGAUGAUAGAACAGCCCGCUUUACAAGCCCGCACAAACCCUGAAUGUGUAUACUGGAAGGAAAGCCCCAGCUUAACAUUUGGAGGGGCGUGGUCAACAGCGGGUCUGUCUACUGACAGUUUCCAGAACAGUACGGACUACUUUACGUGCCGCACCAAUCACCUCACCAGUUUCGCUGUUCUAAUGCAAAUAACAGACUUCGAGAUACAACGUGAACAUGAGUAUGCCCUUCAAGCGAUCACAUUAUCUGGCUGUUCGUUAUCUCUGCUGUGUUUGCUUAUCACAAUAAUAACCAUCCCACUUAUGCGGCUGAAAGAAACACGAUUUCUGAUCCAUCUUCACUUGUGCAUCGCGUUGGCUGCUUCACAAGCUUUAUUUCUUGCUGGUAUUACUGCUAUUAAACAUAAGGCAGCUUGCAUGGUAAUAGCGAUAGUCCUGCACUACUUCUAUACAGCGGCAUUCAUGUGGAUGCUGGUUGAAGGAAUUCACUUGUAUCAAAAGGUGGUCAUCGCGUAUCAAGUACGGAACGUCAAAGAAAGGCUGUAUUUUCUAUUUGCAUGGGGUUUUCCCUUUGUUAUCGUUGGCAUUGCGUUUGCCGCGAAUCGAGAAGGAUAUGGCACAAGUAGAGGGUGUUGGCUAUCGCUAGAGAAGGGUUUUCGAUGGGCCUUCAUAACUCCUGUUAUCGUGGUCUUGUUGGCGAAUUUUGUUAUUCUAAUCAAAGUAUUAAUGGUGAUGGUGACCCUUCAGGCCGAUCCACUGAGACCAGAAAAACACGGAAAACUAAGGUUAGCAUGCAAGGGAGUGGCUAUUCUGCUUCCACUGCUGGGUCUCACUUGGUUCUUUGGUAUUAUGAGCGUCAAUUCCGAUACUAUUGUUUUUCAAUAUCUUUUCGCAAUCUUUAACUCCCUCCAGGGAGUAUUUAUCUUUGCAUUCAAUUAUGUCUCAAAUAAAGAGGUUCGAAUGUCCUUUCGUCGCACAAUUCAACGAUCACAAAUAACGUCUUUGCUGUAAAGGCCGAAUCAUGGAUGACGUCUAUAUCUUACGUGCGUACGCCAGAAGAGAAAUCUAUAAUCUCAUUAUUCACUAUUAUUUAUUUUAUAUCAUUUUAUUGUUUGUUGAACUUAGAGUUAAGUUCGCCUAUUUUCUACUCGAGUACCAUAUAUCUGUGAAGAACUUUGUAAGACAUUGCACAAACUAGUAAGUACAGUAGACCUCAAUAAACCAUAGACCUACACAACUUUGCACCAAGUUGUACGAUUUUGUUAGUUUUUUUUUUCACGGAUAUAUGGUGUGCACUCUAUUCUACCGAUUUAGCCUUUGCAGCUAAAAGACUAUACACGUGGCUUGCAAUUAUUCCCAAGAGAAUGAGAUCAAUGAAAUGAAAAUGUAUGAAUGAAACGCAAAAAACAAAACAAAAAACAAACCGGCAAACAAACGCGGACAAUGUGCUAUGAUAAUUCUCUGACAUGUAAAAUCUACCCUUGAUCUAAGAUACAUUAGUUUAUCGACACAAAUGUCUUCUCUAAAAGAUAAACUAUAUAUAUAUAUAGAGUAAUUGACCCGCAUCUCGAGAUAUUGUAGCUUUAACAAAGCGCGUUUUGCGCAGAGAAAAUAUACGCGCUUAAUUUUUAACUUGGAAAAAAAGACGGUCAAUAAACUUGGGACGUAAUCUAA